GUCAGCCCCAGUCACCAGAAACCAAUCAGAAGAAGGCCCUGUUUUUUUUUCAGCAAGGUGCCAGAUGGCCAAGAAACUUUUCAAUUUGGCAGUCCAUUUGCUCGUCCUCUUCCUAAUCGUUUUGGGCAUUAUGGCCAUUUUGCUGAGGCUUCUGAUAGAGAAUCUUCAAGACACCUCCUUUACUCCAGAGUGCCUGGAUACCAACCUGACAGAAAGGAUAGAUUGUAUUCCUGACAAGUUGGCAACAGAGGAACUCUGCCACCUCCGCCAGUGUUGCUGGAAGCCUCAGGAAAACAGCAGUGCCCCCUCCUGCUUCUUCCCCAAAAAUGGGGGCUAUCAAGUCACUGAGGGUCCCACACAUACAGACGAAGGAUUUACAGCCAAUUUGAGAAGAUUACCCUCCUCAUCUCUGUUUGGAUAUGACAUCACCGACCUUCUUCUCACAGCAGAAUACCAGACAACUAAUCGCUUUCGUUUUAAGAUCAGUAAUCCUGACAGGAACCGGUAUGAGGUCCCCCAUGAACAUGUUCAAUCGUUAGACCAAAAGGCAGCCUCCAAUUUGAACUACCAUGUAGAAGUCACCAAUAAUCCCUUCAGCAUCAAAAUAAGAAGGACAAAAAACAACAGAGUCCUGUUUGACACAAGCAUUGGGCCCCUCCAAUAUGCUGAGCAAUACCUGCAGCUCUCUGUCCAGUUGCCCAGUCACUAUGUGUAUGGAUUUGGGGAACAUAUACACCAGCAGUACCUUCAUAAUAUGGACUGGAAAACUUGGCCUAUCUUCACCAGGGAUGCCAUCCCUAAUGAUAACAUGAGUAACUUAUAUGGCGCUCAGACAUUCUUCCUCUGCCUUGAAGACGACAGUGGUUUAUCAUUUGGGGUUUUCCUAAUGAACAGUAAUGCCAUGGAGGUUGCUCUUCAGCCUGCCCCUGCAAUCACUUACCGUAUAAUUGGUGGCAUUCUUGAUUUCUAUGUGUUCUUGGGAAAUAAUCCAGAACAAGUUGUUCAGGAAUACCUGGAGCUCAUUGGACGACCUUUCUUGCCCCCAUACUGGAGUCUUGGCUUCCAGCUCAGUCGUAGGGAUUAUGGAGGCAUUGAAGGACUGGCAUCUGUUGUCAACCGAACACGUGCUGUUGGGAUACCUUAUGAUGUCCAGUACUCUGACAUAGACUACAUGGAGGAGAAGAAGGACUUUACUUAUGACAAAGAGAUUUUUAAUGGCCUUGACCAGUUUGCUGAAGAAUUGCAUAGAAAUGGGCAGAGAUAUGUUAUUAUCCUGAAUCCUGGCAUCUCCAACAACCUUACCUAUGGUCCCUACGAGAGGGGAAGCAGAAAGAGAGUCUGGGUUUCUGGACCCAUUGGGCCCAUCGUUGGGGAGGUGUGGCCAGGACCUGCUGUUUUCCCUGAUUACACUAACCCACAGGGCACUCAGUGGUGGGUUGAAGAGUUGGUGCAGUUUCAUAAAGAACUGAAUUUUGACGGAAUCUGGAUUGAUAUGAAUGAAGUAUCCAAUUUUUUAAGUAAUGACUCACUGUGUGAACCCAACUAUUUGAACUACCCACCAUUUGUUCCCAGAAUCUUGGAUAGACAACUGUUUGCACAGACCCUCUGCAUGGAUACAGAGCAGCACUGGGGUCUGCACUAUGAUGUCCAUAGUUUAUAUGGCUACUCUAUGACAAUUGCAACAGAAAAAGCCAUGGAGAGCAUCUUUUCUCAAAAGAGAAGCUUCGUCCUGACCCGAUCAACCUUUGCUGGGUCAGGCAAAUAUGCAGCUCAUUGGCUAGGGGAUAAUGAUGCCACUUGGAAUGAUCUCCAAUGGUCCAUCCCCAGUAUUCUUGAGUUCAACCUUUUCGGUAUCCCCAUGGUGGGUGCGAACAUUUGUGGCUUUGCCUCCAAUACCUCAGAGGAGCUGUGUAGGCGUUGGAUGCAGCUGGGAGCCUUCUAUCCAUUGUCCAGAAAUCACAACGGCCCAGGUUUUAUGGACCAAGAUCCUGCUGCAUUUGGAAUAAACUCUGUUCUUUUGGAUUCUGCCAGAUACUACCUCAAUAUCCGCUACAAUCUUCUGCCCUACCUCUAUACCCUCUUCUUUAGAGCUCACACUCGGGGGGAUACAGUGGCCCGGCCUCUUGUCCAUGAGUUUUACCAGGAUUCACAGACGUGGAAAAUACAUCAGCAAUUCCUCUGGGGGCCUGGCCUGCUUAUCACACCAGUUCUGUAUUCAGGUGUGGACCGAGUGAUGGCAUACAUCCCUGAUGCCAUCUGGUAUGGAUAUGAGACAAAUGUAGCGAUUCCACAGAGAAAGGAAUGGGUGGAGAUGGUGCUUCCUGGGGACAAGAUAGGACUUCACCUUCGAGGGGGCUCCAUCUUUCCCACACAGGAGCCAGCUGAAACUACAGAGGCCAGCCGUAAAAAUCCCCUGGGAUUCAUUGUUGCCCUGGAUGACAAAAAAGAAGCAAAGGGAGAGCUGUUUUGGGAUGACGGUGAAACAAGAGAUACUUAUGGGAAAAAACUUUAUUUUUUGGCAGAGUUUAACGUGACUCAGGACACCUUGAACAUCAACAUUGUGUACAAUGGAUACCUAAAUGAAAUGAAUACUCUGAAAGUUGGAAAGAUUGAAAUUUGGGGAAUAGAUUAUGGCACCAUAACUCAGAUCAACAUUACUUAUGACAAUGGGACAUCUGAGAAAACCAGUUUCAUUAGUGACCCAGCAAAUCAGAUACUAACUAUUCAGUUGACUGAUAAGAUGAUCAGUCUGGAAAAACUAACUCAGGUUACAUGGAUGGGUAGUGGUAGUGUGACUACUACCCCAAGAACCACUGCAACAAGUACUACUGAUUUUUCUCUGACUACUUCUACCAGAAGCCCCAAUCUAUUUACUAAUCCUAGUACACCACUUGCCAAUAAUACUGCAGGCCCUAUUUCUCCUGGCACAGCAGAAAUUUUCCCAACAAGUAUUUCAUCUACCACUCCUUACACACCAGAAGCAAUUUCAAACACCGUGGAUAUUAGUACCAGUGCUGCUCCUUCUGUUAAUACUGUUGCUGUUACUACUAAUACUGCUGCAAUUCCAAUCACUUUCCCAACAAGUAUUUCAUCCACCACUGAUGACACAAUUCUCAACACUACUACUAGUAGUACCAGUGCCAUUCCUCCCGCUAGUGCAGUUACCAUGAGCAGUACCAGUAUUAGUACUGCUACUACUAAUACUAUAGGUGAUACUAGUACUAGCAGUAUGACUACUCCAAGCACCUUUCCAACAAACAUUUCAUCCACCACUGACGUCAUCACUCAUUACACUGUAGACACAAUUCUCAACACUACUACUAGUAGUACCAGCGCUAUUCCUCCCACUAGUGCAGUUACCAUGAGCAGUACCAGUAUUAGUACUGCUAGUACUAAUAGUAUUGGUGGUACUAGUACCAGCAGUAUGACUACUCCAAGCACCUUUCCAACAAACAUUUCAUCCACCACUGAUGUCAUCACUCAUUACACUGUAGACACAAUUCUCAACACUACUACUAGUAGUACCAGCGCUAUUCCUCCCACUAGUGCAGUUACCAUGAGCAGUACCGGUAUUAGUACUGCUAGUACUAAUAGUAUUGGUGGUACUAGUACCAGCAGUAUGACUACUCCAAGCACCUUUCCAACAAACAUUUCAUCCACCACUGACGUCAUCACUCAUUACACUGUAGACACAAUUCUCAACACUACUACUAGUAGUACCAGCGCUAUUCCUCCCGCUAGUGCAGUUACCAUGAGCAGUACCAGUAUUAGUACUGCUAGUACUAAUAGUAUUGGUGGUACUAGUACCAGCAGUAUGACUACUCCAAGCACCUUUCCAACAAACAUUUCAUCCACCACUGACGUCAUCACUCAUUACACUGUAGACACAAUUCUCAACACUACUACUAGUAGUACCAGCGCCAUUCCUCCCGCUAGUGCAGUUACCAUGAGCAGUACCAGUAUUAGUACUGCUAGUACUAAUAGUAUUGGUGGUACUAGUACCAGCAGUAUGACUACUCCAAGCACCUUUCCAACAAACAUUUCAUCCACCACUGACGUCAUCACUCAUUACACUGUAGACACAAUUCUCAACACUACUACUAGUAGUACCAGUGCCAUUCCUCCCGCUAGUGCUGCUGCUACUACUACCAGUCAUGUUGCUACUUCCUCAAGCACCUUUGCAGCAAGUAUUUCAUCUGCUGAGAUAAUUACGCAUUACCCUGAAAGCACAGUUCCUAACACCAUCACCACUAGUACCAGCGCUGGUUUUCCUGCUGAUCCAGUUACAACCAGAAGUGCUAGUAUCAGCACUAGCACUGGUAAUACUGGUCAUCAUACUACAACAAAUCCCUUUCCAACAAGUAUGUCAUUUGCCACGGAGAAUACUACUUAUUAUACUACAGCUACAUUUCCUAACACCACUGCUGCUGACACUGCUAGGAUAACAAGGACAAUGAUGACAAUGACAGUGAAGACGACUACUACUGGUGUUCCAGCUAUGACAAGCGUCAGUCCUCCAGAUACUACUCUUGAUACUCUAAAUGCCACGUACGCUUCUGUUACCAAUACCCCUACAGAGAACAUAAGCCCUCACAUCACACAUGCCCCUGCUUACACAGAUAUUCCUGGAAUCGUGGGCAAAACUCAAAGAAAUGCAGUAACAAAUAUAGUAGCUACUUUAAAAACAACUACAGUAAACUCUACUCACGUUACAACGAUAGGUACCACAGAUUCAACUGCUCUGAGUGAUACCACAGCUUGUACAAAUACUACAACGAAUAUCGUGAGCCCUCCCAUAUCUUGACACCACAGAUAUCGCCAUGACAAAUAUAGGCAUAUCUUGGAUUUGGGUUUGGUCCCAGACCACCACAAUAAAGGGAAUAUCACAACAAAGCAAGUCACAUGGAUACUGUGGUUCCUUAGUGUAUAUAAAAGUUACCUUUACACUAUGCUGUAGUGUAUUAAGUGCGCAAUAGUAUUAUAUCUAAAAAAAUAAUGUACAUACCUUACGUUAACACUUUAUUGAUAAAAUGC